UCACCAGCGCACCCUUCCCCAACUGCUUGUCCUCUGCAGUCUGAUUGGAGCAGAGUUCCCAGCAUCCAUGCUCCUCCUCCCCUCCUCCUCCUGCUCCUUCUCCUCCUUUCCCCUCCCCUCUGCCCCCUCCCCCCUCCCCCUGCUCUUCUCCUCUGAGCCGCAGUCAGUGUUCAGCUACUUUGGCAGAUGCUUCUGUCCGCAGCGGCCGGAGCUCCGGGAAUAACCCGCCUGGCUUUGAGGGGAGCUCGGGUGUCCAUUGCAUCUUGCCCCGAGCCCCGGAGACGGAGAGGCAGGGUGGGGAGGCCCUGCUGCAAGAGGACAGCGGUUUGGAGAUUCCCAGCAGCACGAGUGGUGGAGAUGCUGGCUCUCUGGUGGGGAGCAGAGGCCGUGCCGAGCCCGGGGCACCGGGAUGGAGCCCUCCCGACUGAAGAAGACCAGCUCUGAGGAGGAGGAGGGAGACGAGGAGGAGGACGGCUACAUCAUCCCCCACAAGAAGACCUCGAAACUCGAAAUGGUCCCGAAUCUCAGGAGAAGCAACAGCGGCCGGUCCAAAAACAAGAGGCGCCAGUACGCUUUUGGCAGCAAUGAGAAGGAGAACCUCAGCUCCUGGAUCCCAGAGAACAUCAAGAAGAAAGAGUGUGUGUAUUUUGUGGAGAGUUCGAAGACUUCGGACUCGGGGAAAGUGGUGUGUGAAUGUGGUUACACGCGAGAGCAGCACCUGGAGGAGGCCACCAAGCCCCAAGUAUUCCAGGGGAAAGAAUGGGACCUGAAGAAGCACGUCCAGGAGAUGCCGACCGAUGCUUUUGGGGACAUUGUCUUCACAGGCUUGGGACAGAAGGUGGGAAAGUAUGUUCGCGUGUCUCAGGAUACACCCCCUGGGGUGAUCUACCACCUCAUGACACAGCACUGGGGGCUCGAUGUUCCCAACCUCCUGAUCUCCGUCACUGGGGGAGCAAAAAACUUCAACAUGAAAGUCCGACUAAAGAGUAUCUUCAGGAGGGGGUUGGUCAAGGUGGCACAGACAACAGGGGCCUGGAUCAUAACUGGGGGCUCCCAUGCUGGAGUGAUGAAGCAGGUAGGAGAGGCUGUACGAGACUUCAGUCUGAGUAGCAGCUACAAGGAAGGGGAAGUCAUCACCAUUGGGAUCGCCACUUGGGGAACUGUGCACAACCGUGAGAGUCUGAUCUAUCCCACGGGAGGUUUCCCAGCUGAGUAUAUCUUGGACGAGGAGAGCCAGGGAAAUCUUUCCUGCCUGGACAGCAAUCACUCCCACUUCAUCCUUGUGGAUGAUGGGACCCAUGGCAGAUACGGUGUGGAGAUUCUGCUGAGGACCAAGCUUGAGAAAUUCAUCUCUGAGCAAACAAAAGAAAGAGGAGGGGUGGCCAUCAAGAUUCCAAUUGUUUGUGUGGUCCUGGAGGGAGGGCCUGGCACACUGGAUACCAUCUUCAAUGCCAUGACCAAUGGAACCCCCUGUGUGAUCGUGGAGGGCUCGGGCCGUGUGGCCGAUGUCAUCGCCCAGGUGGCAAACCUGCCCAUCUCAGAGAUCACCAUCUCCCUGAUCCAGAAGAAGCUGAGCUUGCUCUUCCAUGAGACUUUUGAGACAUUUACUGAGAGCAAGAUUGUGGAGUGGACCAAGAAGAUCCAAGACAUUGUGCGGAAGAGACAGCUGCUGACCAUCUACCGGGAGGGCAAAAACGGCCAGCAGGACGUGGACGUGGCCAUCCUGCAGGCGCUGCUGAAGGCCUCGAGGAACCAUGACCACGUGGGCCACGAGAACUGGGACCAUCAGCUGAAGUUGGCCGUGGCCUGGAACCGGGUGGAUAUUGCUCGGAGUGAGAUUUUCACCGAUGAGCGCCAGUGGAAGCCCUCGGAUCUGCACCCGAUGAUGGCUGCUGCUCUCAUCACCAACAAGCCUGAGUUUGUGAAGCUCUUCCUGGAGAAUGGGGUUCGCCUGAAGGAGUUUGUCACCUGGGACACACUGAUUUACCUGUAUGAGAACUUGGCCCCUUCCAGCCUGUUUCACAGCAAGUUGCAGAAAGUGCUGAUGGAGGAGAUGGAGCGCUCCGCCUACUCAUCCCUACCCAAGAUCCAGAUGCACCACGUGUCCCAGGUGCUGCGCGAGCUGCUCGGAGACUUCACCCAACCGCUGUAUCCCAAGCCCAAGCACAGCGAGCGGCCCCGGCUGUCCCUGGCAGUGCCACACAUCAAGCUCAAUGUGCAAGGUGUGAGUCUCCGGUCCCUCUACAAGCGUUCUCCAGGUCGUGUUACUUUCACCAUGGAUCCUGUUCGAGACCUUCUUAUUUGGGCCAUUGUCCAGAACCGCAAAGAACUGGCAGAAAUCAUCUGGGCCCAGAGCCAGGACUGCAUUGCAGCGGCCUUGGCCUGCAGUAAGAUCCUGAAGGAGCUGUCCAAGGAGGAGGACGACACGGACAGCUCGGAAGAAAUGCUCACCCUGGCUGAGGAGUACGAGCACAGAGCCAUCGGCGUGUUCACUGAGUGCUAUCGGAAGGAUGAGGAGAGAGCCCAGAAACUCCUUAUCCGUGUGUCUGAGGCCUGGGGGAAGACCACCUGUCUGCAGCUGGCUCUGGAGGCCAAAGACAUGAAGUUUGUGUCCCACGGAGGCAUCCAGGCCUUUCUGACCAAAGUCUGGUGGGGGCAGCUGUGUGUGGACAACGGCCUCUGGAGGGUGAUCCUGUGCAUGCUGAUGUUUCCACUUCUCUACACGGGCAUCAUCUCCUUCAGAGAGAAGAGGCUCCAGCCCGUUAGCUGUCUGGCCCGGUUCCGGGCCUUCUUCACCGCACCAGUGGUCAUCUUCCACCUCAACAUCCUCUCCUACUUCACCUUCCUCUGGCUCUUUGCCUACGUGCUCAUGAUCGACUUCCAGCCCACUCCAUCUUGGAGAGAGUACGUCAUCUACUUCUGGCUUUUCUCACUUGUGUGUGAGGAGACCCGGCAGCUUUUCUAUGACCCUGAUGGCUUUGGACUCCUGAAGAUGGCCUCUUUGUACUUCAACGAUUUCUGGAAUAAACUCGACGUUGGUGCUAUCCUCAUCUUCAUAGCCGGGCUCACCUGCAGGUUGAUCCCAGCGACUCUGUAUCCAGGGCGGAUCAUCCUGUCGCUGGACUUCAUCAUGUUCUGUCUGAGACUGAUGCACAUUUUCACAGUCAGCAAAACUCUGGGGCCCAAGAUCAUCAUCGUGAAGAGAAUGAUGAAGGACGUCUUCUUCUUCCUCUUCCUGCUGGCCGUCUGGGUCGUGUCCUUUGGGGUGGCGAAGCAGGCCAUCCUGAUCCACAACGAGAGCCGGGUGGACUGGAUCUUCCGGGGCGUGGUCUACCACUCCUACCUCACCAUCUUCGGGCAGAUCCCCACCUACAUUGAUGGGGUGAACUUCAACCCGGAGCAGUGCAGCCCCAACGGGACGGACCCCUACAAGCCCAAGUGUCCCGAGAGCAGCGAGGUCAGCAACAAGCCCGUGUUCCCCGAGUGGCUGACCGUCAUCCUCCUCUGCCUCUACCUGCUCUUCACCAACAUCCUGCUCCUCAACCUCCUCAUCGCCAUGUUCAACUACACUUUCCAGCAGGUCCAGGAGCACACGGAUCAGAUCUGGAAGUUCCAGCGGCACGACCUGAUCGAGGAGUAUCACGGGCGGCCCCCAGCGCCUCCCCCCUUCAUCCUCUUCAAUCACCUGCAGCUCUUUGUCAAGAGAGUCAUCCUGGGCAAGCCGGCCAAGAGGCACAAGCAGCUCAAGAAGAAGCUGGAGAAGAACGAGGAGGCCACGCUGCUCUCCUGGGAGAUCUACCUGAAGGAGAACUACCUGCAGAGUCAGCAGUACCAGCUCAAGCAGAGGACAGACCAGAAGAUCGAGGACAUGGGCAACAAGAUCGACAUCAUGAUGGACCUGCUGGACUUGGAUCACCUGAAAAGGCUGGGCUCUGUGGAGCAGCGGCUGGGGUACCUGGAAGAGCAGAUGUUCCAGUCGACCAAGGCCCUGACUUGGAUCAUCCGGGCACUGAGGGACAAUGGCUUUGGUUCCGAGGAGGACGUGCCUGUGUUGGUGUCCAGGAAGAUGCCAGAAGGGAAGGAGUACGACCCUGGCGACAAGCAGGAGGACACGGAAGACCUUUACCACGUGAACGCGCGCCAUCUUCUGUACCCCAACUCGACUGUCACGCGCUUCCCUGUGCCCAACGAGAAGGUGCCCUGGGAGCAGGAAUUUCAUAUCUAUGAUCCUCCCUUUUACACGGCGGAGAGGAAGGAGAAGGCGACAUCGGAUCCUGUGGGAAAUUCUCUGGAGUCCCUGUCUAGAAUCAAUUAUAACACCAUGGACGGGCUGAUCAACAGGCAGAGCUUCCACGGGCCUUACAUGGUGCAGGACGGGCUCUCACUGAACCCCAUGGGGCGCACGGGGUUACGGGGCAGGGGAAGCCUGUGCUGCUUUGGACCAAACCAUGCCCUGCACCCUGUUAUCACACGCUGGCGGCGGAAUCAAGAUGGUGCCAUUUGUAGAAAAAGCAUCAAGAAGAUGCUGGAAAUCUUGGUCGUCAAGCACGCCCUGUCGGAACACUGGGCUUUGCCAGGGGGGUCCCUGGAGCCUGGUGAGAUGCUACCCCGAAAACUGAAGAGGAUCCUGAGCCAGGAAUUCUGGCAGUACUUUGAGACACUGCUGAAGCAAGGUGCUGAGGUCUAUAAAGGCUAUGUUGAUGACCCGAGGAACACAGAUAAUGCCUGGAUAGAAACCAUUGCUAUCAGUGUCCACUUCAAGGACCAGAAUGACUUGGAACUGAAGCGACUGAAUUCUCAUCUUCAAGUCUGUGACCCAGAGGUUUCCAUCCGAUGGCAAGUGGUGGAUAAAAGGAUCCCACUUUAUGCAAAUCACAAGGAGAUCCUUCAGAAGGCCUCAGCCCUGUUUGGAGCCUAUUACUAAGGCCAGACCAACACUCCCUGUGCCCUGGCACUGGAGGGUAGAAGAGGGCUGGGCUCUUCCUGACCAGAAAUGAGCUGUCUGGUCUCAUGAUCUCUAUGCCUAUCAUGAGGAGAAAGACAUUCACUCUUCCUCAGCUCUUGUGGACUCACUGCUAUUCUCUUUGAGGCGGGACUGAGAGUCGUGGUGGGUGCAGACUGCCAUCCUGGGCCAGGUGCCAGCAGAAGUAUCAAGAUCUAUCUUCAUUUCCUCCAUACCACCCUCUGCCUCCUUGUAUUCAGACUGCCUGGGAGGUGUCAAUAGUGGUACUGGGGUGUGGGGAAGGGAAGCAGUCUUAAGACCCAGAUCUGGGAUGAAGGAUAGGGAGAACCAGGGACUUGUAAACUAGUGUCCUCAGGGGAGGUAUAUCCCCUUUCUUUGCCAUUACUCCAGGGAAAGGCUAAUCUGAGACCCACUGGUUUCCAGCCCAUACCACUCUUCUGUUCUUUCCCAUAGCAUCUUCCCUGUCCCAGUGCAGGACCCUACAACUACUGCUGGGCUUCACGUUCCUAUGAAUUGCCUCCAAAGCCUCUGUCUGUGAGAUUUAGUAUGGACCAAACACCCCCAGGUGCCCUCUGGGGAAAUCUCCUGUUGAGAGAAGCUCACCUGUGGUCUGAUGACUUUCCCCAUUCACAGCAGGUGCCAAACUGUGAAGCAAGGAGCGUCCCAGGACUUACUGGGAUCACCAAGGUGGGAUGGUCAGAUCCUGAGGGCCCAGACAAAGCCCCUUCGGUCUUUAUUGGUGUCUUCUCAUGAGACUUGCCUUGGUCAGGGGACCUGAGAUGUGACAUUAAACCUGCUCACUGGCUCCUCCUCACAUACUGCUGCCCUGUUCUGUUCAGCUUAACCUGUAGAUGCUGAGGAGAGAUGGGAAUAAAUAUGGGCUUGAAUUGAG